CAAUCACAAACCUCCACAGAACAAACCCUAACUAGCUUUAUACCUCUACCUCACCAAUCAACAAUGGUGACAGCAACCUUAACCCUCAUCGCUAUCUUCUCCUUACUCCUAAUUCCUCCGGCGGCAGUUUCCGGCAACCACGACGGCGCUGCAAUAAAAGCAUGGUGCAGCCAAACCCCACACCCCCAACCCUGCGAGUAUUUCCUCUCACACAACACCAAAUACAACGGCCCCAUCAAAAAGAAAUCGGACUUUUUCCGGCUGUCGACGGAGCUCGCCCUCGACCGCUGCGUCAACGCUCAGACAGGGCUGUCGGCCCUCGGCGUUAAGUGUCGGAACCCUAAGGAGAAGGCGGCGUGGGCCGACUGUCUGGAGCUGUACGACGAGACCGUACGCUGGAUCAACAAGACCGUCGAUCCGUACAAGAAGUGCUCCGCCGCGGAGGCGCAGACGUGGCUGAGCGCCGCCAUGACCAAUCUCGAGACUUGCCGGCAAGGUUUUGAGGAAUUCGGAAUCUCGGACUACGCUAAUGUCUUCCCCUUGCUGUCAAAUAAUGCCUCCAUGUUGCUCAGCAACACUUUGGCUUUGAAUAAAGGGGAUUUUGACUUUGACUUUGACUCCGCCGGAGGUAAUUCUUACAGGGAAGGUUUUCCGGCGUGGGUGAAGCCCGGUGACCGGAAAUUGUUGCAGGCGUCGGCGACUCCCAGGGCGAAUGCUGUGGUGGCGCAGGACGGGUCCGGGAAUUACAGGACGGUGGGCGCCGCCGUCGCCGCCGCCGGGAAGCGGUCGGGGAAUGGGAGGUAUGUGAUACAUGUCAAGCAAGGGACGUAUCGGGAGAAUGUGGAUAUUGGGAAGAAUAUUAAGAAUAUAAUGUUGGUCGGAGAUGGAAUUGGGAAGACGAUCAUUACCGGAAGUAGAAGCGUCGACGGCGGCUCCACCACCUUCAAGUCGGCCACCGUUGCUGUGGUCGGCGACGGGUUCAUCGCCAGGGGGAUCACGUUCAGGAACACCGCCGGCGCCCGGAACCACCAGGCGGUGGCGCUCCGGUCGGGGUCGGACCUCUCGGUCUUCUACCAGUGCAGCUUCGAGGGAUACCAGGACACCCUCUACGUCCACUCCCAGCGCCAAUUCUACCGCGACUGCGACAUCUACGGCACCGUCGACUUCAUCUUCGGCAACGCCGCCGUCGUGCUCCAGAACUGCAACAUCUACGCCCGGGACCCACCGAACCGGACCAACACCAUAACUGCCCAGGGCCGGACCGACCCGAACCAGAACACCGGGAUUUCCAUCCACAACUGCCGCGUCGCCGCCGCGCCGGACCUCAGGCCGGUCCAGAGCUCUGUCCGGACGUACCUCGGCCGGCCCUGGAAGGAAUACUCCCGGACCGUGUUCAUGAAAACCUUCCUGGACCGCCUGAUCGAACCGGCCGGUUGGAUGCCGUGGAGCGGUAACUUUGCGCUGAACACGCUGUACUACGGCGAGUAUGCGAAUACGGGUCCCGGGUCGUCCACGGCGAAUCGGGUCAAGUGGAAAGGGUACCGCGUGAUCACAAGCGCGUCGGAGGCGGCGAGGUUUGCGCCGGGGAGCUUUAUUGCGGCGAAUUCGUGGAUUCCGGCGACCGGCGUGCCGUACACUUCUGGGCUUUGAUUUUUAUUGUGGAAUUUGUUGUUUUAUUUGUAUUUAUUGUCUCAUAAUUUAUCCUUUUUUUUAUUUUUUUUUCUUUAAUUAUUUAUUCAAGUAUCUCUCUAGUCAUAAAAUCCCAGCUUUGUAAUGUUAUGGGCUGCAAUGAUUGGUCCUAUUCUUGACUUUGUAUACUUAUGUUUUUUUAUUCUAUUAUCUUUAAAAAAAUUAUU